AUGCAAAUCGACCAAACUCACUGCCUGGGCCGAGUGAGUGUCCACUCAGCAGGUCGGCCAGGCAAAAAGUGCAGGACUAUUUUGGAACUUGGACCCUCGAAAUCGACUUCACCAGCAAUUCGACUGGGCUUGGAGCCGGGGCUGGAGUCGACAUCACCAGCAAUUCGACCGGGCUUGGAACCGGGGCUGGAUUCGACUCGACCAGCAGUUCGAUUGGGCAUAGAGCCGCACAGGGAGUUUUUGAGCAAAAAUCUUCGUCCUCAGCCGUACGCGUUGCAUUCGGCUGAUCGCCAGUUGUUGUGGAUGCCGAUACAGCCGAAGACGAGAAGCUUUAUUGAAGUCGAACACGGAGAAGAGAACAAAUCAGAACAUAUUCACAUAAAAAAAGUUUCUUCUCAGCUUCGGGAUACGGAUCCACGAAGGGAUCCGAGAAGUUCCCCUUUCACCGAAAAACGACAUGGCAGAUCUGAAAGACGGAGAAUGCGGAACGAAAUUUCGCCAACGUGUGUCUAUUCAUCACUAAUGCCGCGAAAGAAGUUUGCUUUUGCAUCUGCGGAGACAAGAUCCAGCUACAGUUCUGUAUGUGUCGUCGGCAGCACUGGUGAUGUCAACCUGGAAAAGCGCCUCAGAACAAAGUUGCGUCGUCAACUGCAACAAGACCGCGAUUAUGAGUGGACGUCAAGAGCGAAGUAG